AUGGCUACCAAAGAUACGAUGCGCGCGGUGGUAUUCCAUGGCCCCUUCAAGGUGGCCGUGGAGGAGCGGCCAGUGCCCAAAAUCCAGGAUCCGGAAGAUAUCAUCGUGCAGGUAACCUAUACUGCUCUGUGCGGCAGUGAGCUUCAUAUGUACCGUGGCAUUGAGCCUGCUGGCUCGGGGUUUAUCAUGGGACAUGAGUUUACCGGAGUCGUUGUGGAGACUGGUGAUGCUGUGACGACGAUCCAGAAAGGGGACAAAGUUGUCAGUGCUUUUACGACGUCUUGUGGAAAGUGUUUUUACUGUAAACAAGGUUUUUCUUCUCGGUGUGAGAAGAACGUCCUGUUUGGAUGCGAUGCUCUGGAUGGAGGACAGGCCGAGUUUGUUCGGAUCCCAAAUGCAGAGGGGAGCGUCAUGAAAGCCCCUGAGGGUGUCGAGGAUAAGCUCCUGGUCCUCAUGGGGGACAUCUUCCCGACUGGGUAUUUUGCAGCGAGUAAUGCGUUCAAGGGACGCACUCCGGAGCAAAUCUCUGAGCAGACGGUGGUGCUGAUCGGCUGCGGACCCGUCGGGCUGUGCGCAUUGAUUAACGCUCUCGAGUACAAGCCAAAGCAUCUGCUCGCAGUUGACUCAAUUCCUGCGCGGCUGGAACUGGCCAGAGUGCUUGGUGCUGAGCCCUGGAACUUCCAGACCGAUCGGGAAGGGCUGGAUAAACGUAUCAAGGAGCUGACGGAUGGACGAGGAGCCGAUGCUGUGAUUGAAGUGGUUGGACUAAGCCCAGCACUGAAGACUGGGUUCGAUCUGCUGCGCCCAUGGGGUGUCAUUAGCAGUGUGGGAGUACACAACGGAGAGAUUCCCUGGGAUGGUAAUGACGCAUACGGAAAGAACCUUACGAUUCAGAUGGGUCGAUGCCCCGUUAGAUCUGUUUCAGAACCUGCGUUGGAGGUCCUCAAGAAAAAUCAGCACUUGCUAGGAUUCAUGACAGAGAAUAUCAUGCCUCUCUCGCGAGCUGUGGAGGGCUAUGAGAUCUUCAAUGCGAUGAAAGUGCAGAAGAUUGUGUUUGAAGCUGAUAAAUAG